CCUGUUCAAUGAGACCUGAGCGGUGUGUGGCUUAUUGUUUGCCACGGCAUCUUGUAAUGCUCACUUGCUCCUGGGAAAACAGGAGCCACGAAUUAUAUCUGAAGAAACCUACAUAAGUCGUUGCCUCAUCCUCUUGCAUCUUCCCCUCUCUCUCACUCAAUCUGCAAGUGCCAAGUUUUAUUCGUUCAUUUGAGGAAGGAAUGUGUUCGUUGUAUCUUUUUUAUUUCUGGGUUUUUUGGGUGUUAAAUGUUAGUAUAUAAAUAUGUACUUUGGUGUUUUUCUUGUUUGUUUUAUAGAUUGUUAGGUGCAUUUGAGUUGCAGAAGAAACAAAUGGAGAAAAAACAAGUUGGGGAGCUUGUAUCGGUGACGUUCACAUGGAAGAUUGAGAAAUUCUCUAGGUUGAGAUCCCAGAAACAUUACUCCGAUGGUUUUAAUGUCGGUGACUUUGAAUGGCAAAUUGUCGUAUAUCCGAAGGGCAGCAGCGGAAUCCCUGGAACACAAGACCUGUCGAUAUAUUUGAAAGUUGCAGAUGCUUCAGCAUUGCCAUCUGGGUGGAGUAAAUAUGCCCAAUUCACCUUGACUGUCGUCAACCAAGUCAAAUAUGAUAAGUCCAUAACAGUUGAAACUAAACAUGUGUUCUGCGCAAGUAAAAGAGAUUGGGGCUUCACAUCAUUCAUGCCUCUAAGUGAGCUUUGUGAUGUCGCCCAAGGGUUUAUUGUGAAUGAUACAUGUGUUCUUGAAGCUGAGGUUGCUGUCAGUCAGGUUGACUGUAUGGCCGAAGUCCAGGAAACUUGGUUUUGUCCUCCUAAGCCCUCACACCAUGAAGAUGAAAGGCAAGGGUAUUCAGAUGUGGAAGCUGUACAACUUACAGCGCCUAUUUCUGAACAGGUGCUUGCUUUUCAGGAUGCACCAAGUUCUGAACAAAAGCAAACAAAUGCUGAUUUUGACCAUGUUCUAAUCUCUUCAGUAGCAGUCACGACACCUAGUUCUGCUCAAGUGCUGACCUUGUGGGACGGACCAAGUGAUGGACAAGUUUGUACUGGGGGUGACGAUAGCCCUGUUGAAUCUCCGAUAGGCAAGGAACAUGAGCAAAAAACCUCUGCCCCAGUUGGCGAGCUCAUGGAUUUCAGGGGUUUAGGGAAAAUAGACAAAGCUUUUGUUCCAUUCCUGGAGGAAGUCUGUUUGUUGCAUCCUUCAUUGAUCGAGUGCCAAAGGAAGAGGAGUCCUAUGUUUACUGAAUGGGCAUUCACAGCUUUGGGCCGACUCCUGCAUUUUCUAAAGACUAACAAGGGUACAGAUAUGAACGAGGAUGCUUGUGAGCACCUUCGACUUUUAUGGGAGGAGCUUGAGUCCUUCAGAUUUGACUUGGCUUGGUUGGAGCCUCAUGUUCAGUCUGCAUUGGGUAUGAAGAAGUUUGUGGAAAGGGAACUAGAGGUAAAAGAGCUGAGAAAUAAUAUGGAUGCUUUGAAGAUUGAAGUCAAGAGGUUGAAGGCUAGGCUAAAUUUGGCGGAGUUAGAUUUUGAGGAUGCGAAAAGAGACAUGGGAGAGGCCGAACAAAGCUUUGUAGAAAUAAAUAUGGAUGGCGAGCUCGGUUAUGGUGGGAUGCAUUAGUAGCCGUACUGCUUCUCCCUUCGAUGUGAACACCAUAUGCAAUGUAUAUAUGUAUAACAGGCAAAAACUCCCUUGUUAAGGGUGAUCCUGUUUGUAAGCCACGGUGAGGGAGACCCCCUCCGUUGCAAUAUUUGUUAUGAACCAAGCCCCCUCCGUCUGAACACUAUCAAAAUCCCUGUUGUUGAGAGCUCCAAUACUAUCGAGCAACCACUUGUCAACCGGUAUGAGAAUUUUCACCUUAAUUUGACGUUCAGUAUUUUGCU